AUGCACGGACGUGUCAAAAGCAUCGAACGCGAAAAGGAGCAACAAAAGACAGAUGAACAGCGUCAGGAGGAGCUUUCAAAGGUGCGCAUGUACCACGAAGUGGCUGGGAAAGUCCUCGACUUGAAACGGCAGCAGUUCUUCGAGCCCUCCGUGUUGCCCCUGACGAGCCACUUACUUCUGCUCAACCCCGAGUUCCACAUGGUCUGGAACUACCGGCGCCAGACUAUUGAUGCGUUGGCCACAAAAUCCGCAGAUCCAGCUGCUGAAUGGCAAGAAUUAGCUAAAACUGAAUUAAAACUGACCCUGGACGCUCUGCAGCGCAAUCCCAAGUCGUAUUCAACGUGGUUCCAGCGCAAAUGGAUCAUUGAUCACAGAUUGGGGGAUCUUCAAAAGGAGAUCGGACUGUGUGACAAGCUAUUAAAUCUAGAUGAACGAAAUUUUCACUGUUGGAACUAUCGCCGGCACGUGUGCGAGCUGGCUAACGUACCCAAAGAAGACCAAUUGGCUUUCACAACACAAAAGAUUGAGCAGAAUUUUUCCAACUAUUCUGCUCUGCAUCACCGAAGUAUAAAUUUGCCAAAGCCAUUGACGGCGGAAGUAAUUUUCGACGAGAUUGAACUGAUACAGCAGGCAGUUUUUACAGAGCCGGACGAUCAGAGUGCCUGGUUCUACUAUCGCUGGUUGGUAACUUCCAUGGUAGAGCUUGUGAAGUCGUCAGCUGAGAACGCUGUUGAAUUCUUAAAAAAACAAGCUCAAUGGCUCGAAGAGCUAGUGGAAAUGGAAGCGGAAGCUAAGUGGGCAAUUGUCACUCUUGCUGACAUUUGUGGUCGCCUUGGCGUAAUAAUUAAUGUUGGCGGAUGGGAGGAAGCGAAGGUGCAUUGUUUGGACUUGUAUGAUCGUGCUAUCGCUCUGGAUCCGGACCAUCGUAGCUAUUACGAUGACAUGAAGAGAAAAUACUCUUAUUCCCGUCACGUGAUCGGUGUAUGUUCGAAAGACUGUCGAAUUGAUGCGACGCCCCUUCAAUCUAACACUUUUCGACACUUUAUCAUCGCACACAUUGACAAGAUAUGA